AUGAUCUCCGAGAGCGACCACGAUGCUCUGCCAGAAGGCUGGCGCCGCCGGGUCUGCCAGCGAACAAAGGGCCGCUCUGCUGGCAGGUGUGACGUGUACCUCUACACUCCAUCAGGCCAAAGGCUGAGGUCGCGAAGGGAGGUGGCUGCAUUCCUACGCAUUUCCUUAUCGACCCUGCCUCAGCACUUCAACUUGAAGCCGCCGCGCAGCGUGACGCGGUCGGCAAGCACCGAUGUGCCUGGUGAGGACAAGGCGCCGCCGGCAAGUCGUUCCCUGCCCGCUGCUGACAACAAACCCUCUACAAGCAGUGCUUCAGCGCAAAAUGAAGGCAGAGUGCUUUUAGCCGGGGACAGCGGAGAGAAGGGCAGUUUUACGGAGGCAGCUGCUGUGAGCACGUCGUCCGAGGACUCGACCAUGGCUAGGCCUAAUUUGAGAACUGAAGGCAGAGCGUCUGAGGUGCCGUUGAACGACGGUAUUGAGGCUGUCGCUAGCCGCAAAAAGGAAUCAGCGGCGUUGGAACGCCCCGUAGAGCCUUGGAGCGCUCUGCCCGAAAAUGAGACAAAAGACUAG